GGGGGGCGGGGAGCAGCUGCUGUCGGACGCGCUCCUGCUGCUGGAGGACAGAGGCGGGGAGGGCGAGGAAGGCCUGCGUCUUCUGGCUCCAGCAGCGCCGCCACGGGGGAGAGGAUGGCGCGCCCCUUGCACACUCUGCAGUGUAAACCCCCCGCUCGUUUACUCCCGGACCAGAUCCAAACUGUGCUUGCUUAGCAGUAAGCUCCGUUGGAUCUUCCGCGUUCCGGACGUUGCUUAGCAGUGUGCAUUAUGCCGGGUUGCAGACUACCCCUUGGUGCUUUUAGAAAUCUAAAUGCUUGGCUUGGACUCUUGGAUAAUUCACCUUAUAAACUCUGUGCACCCUGGAGGAGAUUUCUUUACUCUGCAAGCUAUCAGCCAGUUACAACAAUUACCCCCAAACAUUUCUUUGUUUCUUCCAUAAAAUGCCAUGUAUUUUUGAUAUCGUUGUACAAAUAUACCCCAGGAAUUUCUAUAAGACUUAAAAGUAACAAAAGCUCUCGGAAGAACAUGAAACAAACUGUACAGGAGGAUGAGAACGAGGAGGAGGAGGAUGAAGUUGAAGAGAGAAGUGAUUCAGAGGAUGAAUUUGAAGACGAUCCCACUGUAGUGAAAGAUUACAAAGAUCUAGAGAAAGUAGUAACGUCGUUCAGAUUUGAUGUAAUCAUGAAAGCUGGUCUAGAUGUUGCAAGAAACAAAGUUGAAGAUGCUUUCUACAAUGGUGAACUCAGGCUGAAUGGAGAGAAGCUAUGGAAGAAAAGCAGAUCUGUAAAAGUUGGUGACACACUAGACCUCAUAAUUGGAGAGGACAAAGAAACAGAAACUGCUGUAGUUAUGAGAGUUGUCUUAAGGAAAGCCUCAGAAAAGAUUGAUGAUGAAAAAUAUAAAGUGAUAUUGAGGCGCUGGCGAAACUUAAAGGUGCCCAAACAGGAUGUAUUUAAAUGAACUAGGAUUUGCAUGGGAAAGAAGUUUCUGAACAACCAGAUUUGUUAUAUAUUAUAUGAAUUUUGAUUAAACAAGAUUUUUGUGCAUUCUUUUUUUAAAAAAAAUGGCUAUGUAAUGGCAUGCAAUCUUCUUUAUUGUAUACCUCACUUCAUGCCGAGGUUGUUGCUUUUGUGUCAUACCACAGUGCAAAGCAUUGCAAAGCAUUGUUUAUAGGUGGCUCUCCCAAAUGAAAAAAAUAUAUGGAAGAAAUAGAAGGGUAGGUUGAUUUAGAAGCAGACUCUGCUUUUAUUUAAAUGACAUAACUGGAAGUCCAAAAGCUAAUCUUAGUCUUCACAGGCAGAAAUUUGACUUUUCUUAAACUCUUAUUGUGUGUGUGUGUUUUAUCUAUAGUGUUGCUUCAGAAGGCUGGUCCCUAAAAUGGGAAAGUAUGAGGUAGCUUCAUGUUACAUCUUCCCAUUUGUACAAUGGUCUUUGAUUUAUGUUGCUGUUUUUUCCGCUUAAUUUCCUUUUUACUUUGCGAUACAAGUAUGAAAGGGAACUGAGUCUGUGGCACUUGAAUGGUAAAAUAGAGAGGGGAGGAGGAGAAAACAUACUGCUACAUUCAAAUUAUUUGCCCCAGGAACUCCAAAGCACAGACAGAGUUUGGCUUGGUGGCACCCUGUGGUAGAAAAUUAUAGACCUUGCUUUAGAGCCCUGUGUAUGUCUGUUCCAGUUUGAACAUGACUCUCCUGUAUGUGUGGAUUUACCCUAUUCAGCAACAGAAAGGGCAGCUCUGCUUGCACGUCCCUUACAUACAUGUAGUGGUGCUGUCGUUAGAAGUUAAUAUGGCUGCUCAUGUGCACAGGAACAUACAUACUUAUUGAAAUAUGCAGAAAGCUCUGGAUUAGGGUGUGUAUAAAUGCAUUGCUUUGGACCCUGCUAGGUCCAAAACCAUUACAGUCAUGUGCAGGCGACUUCUUGUCUGUUGUACUCUAAUUUGAACAUGCCGCUUAAGAAAUCUUCUGCAUCCACUAUGCUUUCAAAAGCAGUUUAGGCUUAGCAACCAAUUAGAAUGCAAACAGCAAAUAAUGCCAAAAUGUAAAGUUCUGUCAUCGUCUUAAGCUUGUGUGGUAUUAUAUAGGAAAGCAAAAUAAAUGCUUCCAGUUUUAAAGAUAGGUAUUGUAUGUCACCUUGAACAAAACUUUCCUUUGUAAUAAUGGUAAAGGGAAUUUUCAUCAGUAAAAAUUGUGGCUUCAAAUGGCUUGUUGCCUUGUACAAAUGAAGCCCCUAUAUUAAUACCAACUUAAUAAAGCCCAACUAAACUGUAUAAAUUGAUGUAGAUGGAGUCUUCAUCAAAGAUUUGGUGAUCUUAUGGCUAGAAACUGGCUCCUUUUUUAGUUUAGUUUAUUUGGUGUUUAACCCUCCCUCCCCACAAGUGGGCUCAGGACGGGGUACAACAGUAAUAAAAUACAAUUACAUAGCAGAUUCUACAAUAAAAUUCAGCAAUUAAAAUUAUGUAUAUACAAAAACCUGAUAUAGUUGGCUACAUAUUCCUGCCCCCAGCAUACAAAGAGGAAGUAGACAGACACACGAGCUGUACUCGAAUACCAGAGACCGGUGGUCCUGGCGCUGGCCUCAACCGUAAGCCCGGUGGAACAUCUCCGUCUUGCAGGCCCGCCGAAAUGAUACAAGAUCCUGGCGGGCCCGAGUGUCGUCAGACAGAGAGUUCCACCAGGUUGGGGCCAGGACCGAAAAGGCCCUGGCUCUGGUCGAGGCCAAACAAGCCUCCCUAGGGCUAGGGAUCACCAGUAAGUUCUUACCCACUGAACGAAGCGCUCUCCGGGGCACAUAUGGGGAGAGACGGUCCCUCAGGUAUGCUGGUCCCAAUCCGUUUAGGACUUUUAAAAGUAAUUUUUGCUUAUGAUAAUGAUGAACACAAUAACAGUUAACAGUUAAUAUUUUACAGUUAGAAUCCUGAGUUUAAUGCAGAGUCGUCAUAGGUAAAAAUACGGGCAUAACAGGGAGCCAAAGUCAAAUUACAGUUAAGGGGUAAACUAGGGAUUUUCACACUUCCUAGAUUUAGGGAACCUUUAUAUGCCAAUGAUCCCCUGAACAUUCAAUGAAUUCUAGUGCGGUAUGUGAUUCUGGGAGAUGCAGGAUAUGUACUCCGUUAGUGCAAGAUACUGCUCAAUCCUGUGACACCGUUGUCCCAUGUAAAUUGAGAAUGCACCCCAGAAAAAACACCCAACUCUCACAUGUACAUUGUAAGGUAAAAGGAGAGCAGACAGCAAAGUGUCCUAUAGGAAAAUGGGUAUUUCUUGUUUCAUUUUCUCAUUGAGGACCCCCAGUUUCCCUGGAACACAAAACAACUGAUGUGAGAUCCCAAAAAUAAAUACUGAUUAAAUCUAAAGUGGUGAAUUAGCUGUUUUGAUUUUUUUUUCAUUACCUCCUGUUUUUCAGUCAUUUUUAUUAGUUGGAUUUUUGGAGUAUAUAUUCUUUUUUGAAUAAAAAGGAUGAGGUAAUUUUGGCAUGUUAAUAAAGCAGCUUUAUAGUGAAUUUCCUCAGUCGCUGGUUUGGGGAGCUAUCUCAAGACAAGUUGCCUGGUCACUGAGUUGCUGGAGCAGCUGCCACCAUGCUCAAGGGAUGUUUUAAGAAUUGCCUUUGUAUGUAAAUAAGCACUGCUACCAUUCCUGAUAGGAUGUUUUUAAAGUUAGAAAAAAAUCUUCUGUUCCUGAGCAAACAAGCUCCCAGAAACAUCUCCACAAUGUUCUAAAAGUUCCACAGAAGAAAAACAUAUUCAUGAAUGUUUUCUGUAAAAUUACAUUAUGUUUCCUUGCUAGCAGCCAAAAACCAGUAGUGAAAUUUAGUUCAUAAGCAACAUGGAAAAACACAAGAAUUUGUGGAUAAAUGCAUCCACUCUGUAAUUAGAUAGGCGACACUUUUUUCCAAGGGAUUUAAAGAAUUGCAUGUAGACAGCUAGAAUAUUUAUAGAAAUGGCUGGAAUUUACGUUUGUAUGUUUGUUUUUUUCUGCAUGAAUAUAGUGUAUUUUAAGUCCAUAGGUAAAGUAAUGUUUUCCAGUUGGCUUCAGAAGGUUUGGAAUGUUAUACUGGGUAGUACAGAGGUGGUUGUAUGCCAGCUGGAUCUGUUAGUACAUAAAGCAUACUCUUUCUCUUAUGCAGGGAUCUAGGGUAUAACUGAUGGGUUGUGAAGUUUAUUAAGCAUCCUGAUCAUAAUGCCACACAGUUGAUUCAAUGUCCAGAAAAAAUCCCAUUGUGAAAAGUGUCUCUCAAUACAUGUUCAGAGGAACAUCCUAUUAAUAGCUUUACUAAGCACAAAUCAGAAGUUUUAGUAAGGUCAUGUGCUGGCCUAUGUAAUAAUGUCUAUGUAAGAUGGCCAUACCCUUUAACCCCCGAAUCUCUUGAGUUUAGUGGCAAAGCUCAGGGUAAGAAACUUUGAAAUUUAACCUUUUUAAAAAAAUGCAUCUUGGAUAGAGUAGGAAUGAUGCAUAUGCUUAAAUAGGAUUGAUUUCUGUAGUGGUUGUGGAGAAUGCCCACAAGUCACAGCUGACUUAUGGCGACCCCUGGCUGGAUUUUCAUGGCAAGAGACUAACAGAGGUGGUUUACCAUUGCCUGCCUCUGCAACCCUGAUCUUCAUUGGAGGUCUCCCAUCCAAUUACUAACCAAGGCCAGCCCUGCUUAGCUUCUGAGAUCUGGCGAGAUCAGGCUCACCUGGGCUAUCUAAGUAAGGGUUGCUUGCUAUAGACUAUGCCAGAUAUCUGUGUUUUAUUCAAUAAUAAGUUAUCAGAUUAUUUUAAAUAAAAGUUUAAUUAAUG